AUGCCACUAGUAAAGAGGAGCAUUGAGCCCAGGCACCUGUGCAGAGGAGCCCUGCCUGACCGAGUCUCCAGUGAGCUUGAGUGUGUCACCAACAGCACCCUGGCAGCCGUCAUCAAACAGCUUGGCAGCCUCAGUCGUCAUGCAGAAGAUGUGUUCGGGGAGCUGUUUAAAGAAGCGAACACUUUCUGCUUGCGCAUGAGUCACCUGCAGGAGCGCGUAGACCUGCUGGCUGUUAAAGUCACCCAGUUGGACUCCACCGUGGAAGAAGUCUCGCUGCAGGACAUCAACAUGAGGAAGGCGUUUAAGAGCUCUACCACUCAGGAUCAGCAGGUGGUGUCGCGUGCCUCCAUCCCCAACCCUGUUAUGGAGAUCUAUCAGUGUGGAGACAAGCCUCCACCACUCAAUAUCCUCACUCCAUACAGAGAUGAUAAGAAGGAUGCUCUGAAGUUUUACACAGACCCGUCAUAUUUCUUCAACCUCUGGAAGGAGAAAAUGCUGCAAGCCACAGAGGACAAGAGGAAAGAGAAGAGACGCCAGAAGACGAGCGGUCCAGCCCAGGCUCACUCGGCCCAGUCUAAGUCCCUGGCCAGGCAGGCCGCUCCCAGAAGCCCCCUCAUCUACUCUGAGCAACAGAAGCAGGUGGAGGAACCAGGUCGUGAGGUGAAGAAGGUUCGGAAGGCUCGGAACCGCAGGCAGGAAUGGAACGUGCUGGCCUACGACAAAGAAUUUCGCCCCGAUGCCCGCUUUACACCCUCCCCGUACCACGGCAUGUCGUCAGAGGGCUCGCUAUCCCCUGACAACAGGUCAGUGUUAUCAGAUGUAGGUGAGCACUCGUACCCUGGCAGCCCAAACCGACCUGCACAACACACACCAGCAAGCAGCACUCACUCCACCACGGAUGGUAAGGAGCUCAUCCUCACUCCCACCCAGACCCAGACACUGCAGCGAGGCUACCGGCCCAUUGGCACCCUGUCCACUCCGGCUGGGAGAGACACCCUGGGUAGAAUCCAGCCCUCACACACAACCCCGCCCACUGACCCCACCCUCAACGGCCCUCGCCCAGCUCAAGCUAAAGACUACAGCACUCAACAGUCCCAGCACUCUGAGUUCUUCAUCCCUCCUGCUCCUCCUCCUCCACCUCCUCCCGUCAUCCCCUCAGCUCAGACAGCCUUUGACAGCCCGACUGCUCCCUCCUCUUCCUCCUCCCUUCCUGUCAGCACUAUGGCCGCCUUGUCCCGCCCCUACGGCUCUUCUCCUCCCGCAGCUCCUCCACCACCUCCAGCAGGACCCCCGACACACACACACCCGCUCGCACACAGCCUGCCUCCAGCCCCGGCUGAGAUAGUGGCCCCCAGGAAGGCUCAGGUGCCCCUGGUCCCCAUGAGCGAUGCCAGGAGUGACCUACUAGCUGCCAUACGCCGAGGAAUCCAGUUAAGGAAAGUGCAGGAGCAGAGGGAGCUGGAGGCUAAGAAGGAGCCUGUGGGCAAUGAUGUGGCCACAAUUCUGUCACGCCGCAUCGCUGUGGAGUACAGCGAAUCAGACGAGGACUCUGAGCUGGACGAAAACGAGUGGUCCGAUUGA